AUGGCCGUACUGGCUGUUGCCCUCCUCGCCGCACCUGUCGGCGCUGUGAAGGCCAUUACCGACUGGGAGGACGCCUUCAUCACCCACUACGGCGGCUCCCAGGACGGCAUGGAUCCCAGUUCUCCGUCCUUUGGAACCUCCGAGGGAGCUUGCGGAUAUGGAAGCAUUUCCAAGGAUGCCUACCCCUACUUCUCCGUGGCUGCCUUCUCACCUUCCAACCACUACUACCAGUCCGACGCCCUGAAGGCCUGCGGUCAGUGCUUCCAGAUCCAGUGCGAGGAGGGCCGUAACGGCAAGACUGGCGUGUGCAAGACUGAUGCCCAGGGCGAGCCCCUGUCCAUCCUGGUCAUGAUCUCCGACGUGUGCCCCGAGUGCGAGGCCAACCACAUCGACGUCCAGUCCCUGGCCUUUGGCAAGCUCGCCGAUCAGGGACUGGGCAACAUCGACGUGCGCUACCGCCGCGUCGAGUGCGCCGUGCCCGAGAACAUGAAGGUGUCUGUCAUGAACUACGACGGCGCCGGCCAGUGGCUGCGCCUGUCCAUCGAUGACACGGGAGGCUACGCUGCGGUCAAGUCUGUCUCCGUCAAGUCGUCGUCCUCCUCCUCCUGGACCACCAUGAGCAACACCUGGGGCGCGGUGUGGGAGGACGGCUCCGCCCCCCAGCCCCCCCUGGACUUCCAGAUCGAGUGCGCCGAUGGCCAGGUCGUCUCCGCCGACUCUGUGGUCAAGCAAAACGGCGGCAUCUCCGGCGGCGUGGGCGGCGCCAUCUCCUUCUCCACCUCUGUCCAGUUUGCCAUCACCGACCCCGCCGCCAGCGCCCGCAAGGACUGGGGCCAGUGCAGCCAGAGCUGGCUCACCAGCGGCAGCUACUGCCAGGCCACCUGCGGCAGCUGCGGCAGCAGCGCCUCCGGCAGCAGCCCCGCCAGCAGCUCCUCCCCCAGCACCUCCGGCAGCUCCGACUGCCAGGACACGCCGCCCUCCGGCGGCUCCACCUGCGAGCAGCAGCUGCAGUGGGGCGCCUGCAGCCAGGGCUGGAUGACCAGCGGCAACUACUGUGCCGCGACGUGCGGCCGGUGCGGCUCUGGCGCCAGCACCAGCCCCGCCCAGGUGUCCUCCUACUCGGGGCCUGCAGGGCGGCGGCUCCUAAGAGCCUGA